AUGGAGGACGCCGCGAACGCCACCCAGACUACCUCCACCACCUCGUCGGUGGCCGCCGUAGCCGCGGCGGCCCAGCACCAGCAGCUCCAGCGCCAGCUCUUUCUCAUGCAGCAGGCUCAGGCUCAGGCUCAGGCGCAGGCCCAGCCCCACCCGCAGGCGCAGCAGCUGUCGCAGCAGGCCAUGUCCCGCUUCCCGUCCAACAUCGACGCCCACCUCCGCCCCCUCGGACCGCACCGCUUCCAGCAGCCGGCGCCGUCGCAGCUCCAAACCCCACCCCAGCCGCACUCGCAGGGGCAGCCGCACCCCCAGCCGUCCCCGCAGCAAGCGGCGCAGGCUAGGGUCCGGAGCCCCGAGGUGGAGAUGGCGCUUCAGGACGCCAUGCGGGUCUGCAACCCGGACAUCAAGACGCCUUUCCAUUCUCUCGAGGACGCUGUUAGCAGGUUAUUGCCUUACCAUGUUGUUGCUGACUACGAGGCUGAAGAAGAUGACAGGAUCCUUGACAGCGACGCAACUGGCCAGAUUCCCUCUCGUCUUCAGCAAUGGGAUCAUAACAUUCUGGUAAAAAUUGCUGAGUUCACAACAACUUUUGAGAAGCAAGUGUUGGCAUACAACAUAAUGACCAAGAAAAGGGCCAUUGGUGAGUUUCGAUCGGAGGAGCGACUCAUGCUAGAGCAAGCUUUGUUACAGGAGGAGAAGCAGGCUUCGAUGGAACUAAGAGCAGAGAUAGAAUCUAGGGAGAAAGCAGGCCGCGAGGCUGCUGAAGCUAAGAUGCGUAUGGCCAUGGCUGAGCAUGCUCGAGUGGAAGCUCAAGCACACCCUGAGGUGAUUGGUCAUGGCCCUUUGAGGGCCAAUGCUGCUGCUUCCCAAGGCGAUGAUGGUCCUAGUCAUGACAUGGCACAACAACAGGUUGAAGAUGGAUGGGAAAACACUCAAAGGGAUGAUGAUGAUCCAUCUGAGGAUUUCCUCAAUGAUGAGAAUGAGCCAGAGAAUGGAAACUCUGAUAUGCAAGAGGAGUGGCGGCGAUCGGGGGAAUUUGAUCUAAACUCUAGGCAAAGAUGA